UGUAAAUACGAUGAGAGAGAUAAGUGGUCACUGCUCGAUAUAUACAACAACAGCAACAACAACAAAGAUCUGAACUAUGAGAGUUUUUUUUUGGCUCCAUGAAAGAAGAAGAUAAUUGAAGUUUAACAAGUUUGCCAGAUACGGUAUGUGCUAUAUGAUACUUCAUUGUUAGCUUCAUCUUCAAGAAUACACACCGUUAACUUCCGUCAACUAAAAAGAUUACGCCGUUAACUUACUCGUUAAAGAUGCCACGUGUUUCGGCGGAAACUUCAGAUAUUUCUCUCGCCGGCGGUAACGAGUCACCGACGCUUGGCGAACUACUGAAAGAUUUCACCGACAGUGGCCGGAAAAAACAUUCAUGCGAAGAUGCUCCGACUCAUCACAUAUUGGAUCUCGCUCCAACGUCUGAAACACGACCUGUGCCGUUUCUCCUAGCCUUCAACAAUCUCAAUUACAAUGUCGUACUUCGCCGGCGGUUUGGUUUCUCGCAGCAAAAGACGGCUUCAACGAAGACUCUGCUAGAUGAUGUUUCAGGCGAGGCUUGUGACGGAGAAAUCCUCGCCGUUCUUGGUGGAAGUGGAGCCGGAAAAUCCACUUUGAUCGACGCGUUAGCCGGACGAGUGGCGGAAGAUAGCUUGAAAGGCACGGUAACUCUAAACGGAGAAAACGUUUUGCAAUCUCGACUGUUGAAAGUCAUAUCGGCGUAUGUGAUGCAAGACGACCUUCUCUUCCCGAUGCUCACCGUUAAAGAAACCCUAAUGUUCGCUUCAGAGUUCCGUCUCCCGAGGAGUUUGUCUAAGUCGAAAAAGAUGGAGCGUGUUGAAACCCUAAUUGAUCAACUAGGGCUUAGAAACGCGGCGAACACGGUAAUCGGGGAUGAAGGACACCGUGGAGUCUCUGGAGGAGAGAGACGGCGCGUUUCGAUCGGAAUCGAUAUUAUUCACGAUCCGAUACUUCUCUUCCUCGACGAACCAACGUCGGGGUUAGAUUCAACCAACGCGUUUAUGGUGGUACAGGUUUUGAAACGAAUCGCUCAGAGUGGCAGUAUCGUGAUUAUGACGAUUCAUCAACCUAGUGCUCGUAUCGUUGAUUUGCUUGAUCGGCUUAUCAUCUUAUCUCGUGGCAAGACUGUGUUUAAUGGUUCUCCGACUAGUCUUCCUUCUUACUUCUCUGAUUUUGGUCGUCCUGUUCCGGAGAAAGAGAACAUCAUUGAGUUCGCACUUGAUGUAAUUCGAGAGCUCGAAGGACCCUCUGAAGGAAACAGAGGAUUAGUAGAGUUCAACGAAAAGUGGCAACAGAACCAAUCUACUCGAGCCACGCCACAAAAUGGCUUAUCUCUAAAAGAAGCAAUUACUGCAAGUGUUUCUAGAGGCAAACUAGUCUCAGGCUCAUCUGGAGCCAAUCCUAUUUCGAUGGAAAGAGUAUCUUCAUACGUAAACCCGCCAUUGACCGAAACGUUUAUCUUAGCCAAACGUUACAUGAGAAACUGGAUCCGCACGCCUGAGCUCAUAGCAACGCGGAUCGCUACUGUCAUGGUGACUGGUCUUCUUUUAGCUACUAUAUAUUGGAGGCUUGACAACACUCCAAGAGGUGCACAAGAGAGAAUGGGCUUCUUUGCAUUCGGCAUGUCCACCAUGUUUUACUGUUGUGCAGACAACAUCCCUGUCUUUAUCCAAGAACGAUACAUCUUCUUGAGAGAGACAACGUACAACGCAUACAGAACAUCUUCAUAUGUCAUAUCCCACGCCCUCGUGUCUCUGCCUCAGCUACUCGCUCUAUCCAUUGCAUUUGCUGCAACCACAUUUUGGACCGUUGGUUUGACCGGUGGGUUAGAGAAUUUCUUCUACUACUGCCUCAUAAUCUACGCAGCCUUUUGGUCUGGAUCCUCUUUUGUUACUUUCAUAUCCGGUAUUGUUCCCAAUGUCAUGAUGAGUUACAUGGUCACUAUUGCCUAUCUUUCCUACUGUCUACUGCUGGGUGGAUUCUUUAUCAACCGAGAUCGAAUACCGUUUUAUUGGAUAUGGUUUCAUUACAUUUCGUUGCUGAAGUAUCCCUACGAGGCUGUCCUAAUGAAUGAGUUUGAUGACCCGUCUCGGUGUUUUGUUAAGGGAGUUCAAGUUUUCGAUGGUACGCUUUUGGCGGAAGUUCCCCAUGCGAUGAAAGUUAAGCUCCUGGAUACACUGAGUGGCUCUUUAGGAACCAAGAUAACGGAGUCCACAUGUUUGAGAACAGGGACUGACUUACUUAUGCAACAAGGUAUAACUCAAUUGAGCAAGUGGGACUGCUUGUGGAUUACAUUUGCUUGGGGUCUCUUCUUUAGGAUCUUGUUUUACUUCUCUUUGCUCUUUGGGAGCAAGAAUAAGAGGACGUGAUUUGGUCAAAAAAAAAAGAAGAAUAAGAGGACGUGAAGGGUAGUCCACAAGCACAGAAACAUAUACACCAAACGCAUUUAUACUAUAUACUUUUAAAGUGAAGCUUGAAACUUCUAAAGUAUCUGCUUCUGGUUGUUGUAGUUUAGUAAUCAAGUUGUAACAUUUAUAGUUUAUCUGUGUAUCAAAGUUGUAAAAUAAACGUACUGUAUAUUGUUUCUCA